AUGGCAGACCACUGCGACUCUACCGUCGAGACCGAAAACAUGACGGAGCUCGAUCCCGACAGGUCCUCACUCGAAUCAGUUCCUGGCCCUCCGACAGCCACACACCAGGACCUCGAAAAAUUGAGCACCAAGCAUUCCCAUAGAACGACCAGAAGUGCGGGAUCUGGCUAUGUGCCUCAAACGGCGCAGGACUGGGACGGCGAAGACGAUCCGGGUGAUCCGCGGAAUUGGUCGUUAGCUUCGAAGAUAUACCACGUUCUGGUUCCAGCCUUGCAAUGCUUCACCAUCACUUUCGGUUCCUCUGUAUACACGCCCAGUGUGCAUGAAGUCUCUCAGCAUUUUCGCGUCAGUCAAACCGCUGCCCUUGUCCCGCUCACGGUCUAUGUUCUGGGACUGGGUCUCGGCCCUGUCGUGAGCGCUCCGCUCUCGGAGAGUUAUGGACGGCGUGCUGUAUAUUUGAUAUUUUUCCCGCCCUCACUUCUGAUGACCUUGGGCGCUGGCCUGUCGAAGUCGUAUGCCUCCCUUGUCGUUUGCCGUCUUUUCGCCGGUGUUCUCGGCUCUGGAUGUCUUGCGGUCGGAGCAGGGACCAAUGGAGAUCUGUUUGUGCCUUUGCAUAGGGCGAUCGCAAGUGCGCUGUUCCUGGCGGCACCAUUCUUGGGCCCGGCCUUGGGACCGGCCAUAGGUGGCUAUGUCGCCAUGAAGAAGGGAUGGCGAUGGACGCAAUGGCUGAUCCUCUUCUGGGGCGUCCUUGCCUAUGCUGUUUCACUGCCACAGAAAGAGACGUACAAGAAGAUCAUCUUGCAAAACCGGGCGAAGAAACUUGGACUUUCACCUCCUCCAAAUCCGCUGCCGCCGGGGAUGUCCAAGUUUCGAUUCGUCUUGAUCGUGACGCUGAUGAGACCGAUGAGGAUGUUGUUCACUGAAUCCAUUGUCGCCUUCUUCAGCAUCUACACCGCCUUCAACUUCAGCAUCUUGUUCGGGUUCUUCGCAGCAUUCCCCAUUGUCUUCGAAUCGCCCUUCCCGGAGAGUCAAAUCUACCACUUCAAUGCCGGUGAGGAGGGUCUAGUCUUCCUGGCCCUGGGACUCGGUGUGGCAGUCGCAACGAUGAUGUUCAUCCUGAUCAACAACUUGACCUACAAGAAGAAGACGUUGAAAAGGCAGAUCCGGGGCGACUUCUCGCCGCUACCGCCCGAAGAACGACUUUACUGUGCGAUGAUCGGGUCCUUUCUCUUGCCUAUUGGACUGUUCUGGUUUGCCUGGACAGCAAGGAGCGGCAUUCAUUGGAUAUCGCCGGUGUUGGCUACAAUCCCGUUCGCGAUUGGAAAUAUGCUUGUGUUUGGGUCUUGCGUGUUGUAUCUGAUUGAUACGUACGGGCCUCUGGCGGGUGCGAGCGCUGCGGCAGCCAACGGGUUCUUGAGAUACUGUGUCGGCGGGGUUUUCCCGCUUUUUACAGUGCAGAUGUACCGUGGCAUGGGCGUAGCCUGGGCUACGAGUCUACUCGGCUUUGUCACUGUCGCUCUGCUACCAAUUCCUUGGGUGCUAUACCGAUACGGGCCGAAGAUAAGACAGCGCAGCGCCUACACAUGA